AUGUAUUACACCAUCCCCGUCGGCACCCUCGCCUUGCUCGCCACUGUGGCAUCGGCCGAGACCAUUACCGUCGAGGUCGGCAAGGACCACGAAUUGACUUUCUCCCCAGACAGCAUCAAGGCUAACACGGGGGACAUCGUCGAGUUCCAUUUCAACAACGCCAGGCACGAUGUCAUCGCAGGCGACUUCCAGAAUCCUUGCCACCCGGCUGACCCAGCCGCAAGCGGAGGAUUCUACUCGGGCGACCGUCGUAAUGGCACGUUUUGCAUUACCGUGAACAACACCGACCCCGUUUUCUUCUACUGCAGCGUCGGCAGACACUGCCAGAAUGGCAUGGUUGGCGUCAUCAAUGAGGGGUCAAACAAGCUAGACGACUUUAAGAGCGCCGCUGCUAAUGUCGGCGCUAGUCGUAAGCCUAUGGUCCCUUUUGGCGGUAGCGACUGCCCUAGUAAGUUUGUGGAUUGGGAGCUGAAGGUAUAG